UUGAAGGGGGAGGAGCAGGCUGCGAGGCGCUGCUCCGUGUUGGUGUUUGUUGUGUGCGAGGGAGGCAGCACUGUGGGGAGAGCGACACAAUGUGAACGACUGACUGGCCUGCCUCCACGCAUCUUGGGCAAUGCUUUAACUUUCCCUCCGAAAACGCAGCUGAAUGGUGAAUAUUUCCGGUGAUUUGUGGCCGUGUGUCGCUGUGAGACACCGGGACAUAUGGCUGUGAGGUCGCUUCGUGCUGUGCGCAAAGACUCGCUCAGGAUGCUGGAGCUCGUCUGAGAGCACCCCGCCGAGCCGUCUUUCUCUGGAUUUUUCCCUUUUUUUUUUUUUUUAAACGUAGCUCUCAAUCGUUGACUCCUUCUUUAUCCUUAAACUUCUAAAGAUGUCGUUCUUAAUCUUGUUCUCGCCUCGCAACAAACCUGGAUAACGAAAGGAGUAGCUACGUGACAACACCCAGCACGACGACCAGCGGUACUUUCCUUCGGUGAGCAGCGCUUCAGCUGCGGCUUCAGCGGGCAGAGAGACGAUGUGAAGCCGCGAGGCACAUCUGCCCCGGGAUUUAUUCAGCUGUGGAGAUUUGAAUCAGCAAUUGAUGCAUCUCGGGGUGUCUGAGUCCAUGAGAGAGUGCGAGUACAGCCAAAUAAGCACUCGCUGCUCCACGCCAAUGGAGACCCCGUACAAGAAAAGGACCCCAAAGAGGAGGAAGUGGGAGUCUUUCCCAGGUCGGAAUAAGUUUUACUGCAAUGGGAGGCUUAUGAUGGCCAAGCAGACAGGGGUGUUCUACCUCACCCUUGUACUCAUUCUAGUGACUUGUGGACUUUUCUUCACUUUUGAUUGUCCGUUCCUGGCGCUGGAGCUGACUCCAGUCAUCCCAGUCAUAGGAGGUGUGCUGUUUAUGUUUGUGUUGGGGACACUUCUCAGAACCAGCUUCAGUGACCCAGGGGUGCUGCCCAGGGCCACCCCGGACGAAGCAGCUGACUUGGAGAGGCAAAUAGAUGUGGCUAAUGGCAGUACGGGCUACAGGCCUCCUCCCAGGACGAAGGAGGUGGUAAUCAACGGCCAGACAGUCAAGCUGAAGUAUUGCUUCACCUGCAAAAUCUUCAGACCACCACGUGCCUCUCACUGCAGCCUCUGUGACAACUGUGUGGAGCGUUUUGACCACCACUGUCCCUGGGUGGGGAACUGCGUGGGAAGGAGGAACUACCGUUUCUUCUACAUGUUCAUCCUCUCGCUCUCCUUCCUCACCAUCUUCAUCUUCUCCUUCGUCAUCACACACAUCAUUUUGCGCUCCCAUCAAAACGGGUUUCUCAAAGCACUCAAAGAUAGUCCUGCUAGUGUGCUGGAGGUGGUGGUGUGCUUCUUCUCUGUCUGGUCCAUAGUGGGCCUUUCAGGCUUCCAUACCUACCUGAUCAGCUCCAACCAGACCACAAAUGAAGAUAUAAAAGGUUCAUGGUCUUCUAAAAGAGGGAAGGAUAACUAUAACCCCUACAGCCAUGGCAACAUAUUCACCAACUGCUGUGCAGCGCUGUGUGGACCCUUGCCACCGAGCCUCAUUGACAGACGGGGCUUUAUCCAAUCAGGCAUGCCGCAGCUGGCACCACCAACCAAUGGCAUCACCAUGUAUGGCGCCACCCAGUCUCAGCAGAGCCACAUGUGUGACCAAGACCAGUGCAUUCAGAGCACCAAAUUCGUUUUGCAGGCCGCCGCCGCCACCCCUCUCCUCCAGCAGCAGAGCAGCGAGCCAGUCAUCCUGACGGCCUCGACGGAAAACGGGGGCCCUCUACCCGGCCGCACCUCCCUCAACCUGGGCGGCCCGUGCACCUCGCUCCCACUCGGCCAGCCCACUCCUCCGACGUCCACCCCCAGCCUCAGCUGCCACGAGGCCUCAGACAUGUUACCAAUCCACGGACACAGCCACGCACACAACCACGGCCACACCCUGCAGGAGCCAAUGGCCCACCACCACUUCCUCACCCCCGAGGAGGUGCCCUCGCCCCCUGGCAUGCUUCCCUGCGGCAGCCCCAUGGGUCACAGCCACACUAUGCAGGCCGGCUUCUACAACCCAGCCAGCCAGGACUCACUGCACGAGGACUCUGUGAGAGGAUUGGUGAAGCUCAGCUCUGUCUGACACCGGGAUGUUACCCCCCCCCCCCCCUCCUAACUCCUCACUCCUCAGAACCAUGAAACUCUACUGUGCCACAUCUGGACCCGCCCUCUCUCACUAUUUUUCCUUUCUCUCCUCAGCGGGACUUGAUAACGGAGAAAGGCUGUGGUUUAAAUUCAGCUGCUAGAAACUGUGGAAUUUAACUGAAGUGAAACCAGUGUCUUGCCAAAGCUCUCGAAACAUGGAGAGAUGUUUUCUAAUGUGGCUCUGGUGACCUGUGACAGAAAAAUGCUUUCUUUUUUUUUUACUAAAAGGGAAGCAUAUUCCUGGAAACUGAACGGCGGUGUUCCUUCUUCAAAGCGGCGUAUGUCUGUGAGCCACGUUGAGCAAAAAAAGAACAGUACAUGACAUUUUUGGUCAAAAUGAUGAAUAUCUGUCAAUGCAUCACGUUUUUGUGACAUAUUUUUUUGUUGUAAUACUGACUCUAACCUAUUUGCCUGUUGCUGAUGGACAGUGUAUUUUGCCUUUUUUCUCAGCAGUGCAAUGGUUGAUGUCAUCAUGUUGCAUAUCAUCCUGCUUUUUCUAUGUUAAAAAAAGAGACUGUUGUACUGUACCAUGGUUAUUACAAAUCUUACAAAUGAUUAUAUUUCCUGUGGACAUUAAUAAAACACCAACUUUUUAUCAGAUGCGAAUGCAUUGAUAUUAAGGUUUAGAAGGCAUAAUGUGUGUGAAUGUCAUCAUAACAAUUCCUCUAAAGUGAAUCUUGUGACCAAUGCCUCUGGUCACAAGGUGUCAAUGAGAAAGAUUAAAACACAAGCUUGUUGGAUGAAUACUGCUAAACAUUUAUUAUUUUAAAAUAAUGUUUUUUUUA